GAUUUGUAAACUUACAAAAGUUUUACAGAAUAUUUCCGAUACCAGUUCCUUUACCUGAAAGCCGGAACUUAACAAGCAAGUAAAAUUUCCGAACUGACGUAGUCGGGGAAUUCCCUAGAAAGCAGUGUCGGGGAGGAAACUGCCAAGGGGAACCCCCCCAGACUAUAUAAGCCUCCGACUGUCGAAAAUCCGUAUACAAGUUUCUGGAAGGCUGCACUAAGAGUUCUCAAGCAAUUCGAUAUACUAGAAACCAUGGCUGUUUUUCAACUUAAGCUUACCGUGAUGUUAGCUUUGUUCUUGGUUGGUGUUAGUGAAGGUCGGAAAAUAGCUGAAAGUUGCAGAAUGAGGAAUUCCGCAUGUUAUGAUGAAAAUCGGAGCCCGUUUUUAUGUGGGUCGCAAGGUUAUGCUUGCUGUUUUGGAACAAAUGGUGCAACUCAUGUCGCUGACACGAAUGAAGGCGAAGAGUGUUGUAACGGAGCAACAACUCCAGUCUAUUCCGAGAAGAGUCAAUUUUGUUUGGGUAAUAAAGUUUAUAACAAGGCUGACAGUUUACGAAAGUACAAUGAACGCGUGGGCUCGUCACAAGGUGUUAAAGAAUGUAACGACCUGGGCGACACCAACUGCUGCUUUGGUAUUGUUUUGAGCCAGUUACAGCUGUGUGAUACUGUUUCACAACGGCCCUUGGAAAAGCGAAGCCCAUCUCACGACGGUGUAUGUAACGGAACGACUUUUACGACUUCUGAAUUCGAGUGUAGGAACAAACGACUAAUCCCCAAAAGAACCGCAUGUAGACGAGAUACACAGGUACAAUACUGCUGCAGCGGAAUACUUGUGAAUAGAAACGGUCAAAGCAAACGAGAAGCAUGUUGUAUAAAUGGUCAAUGCGGCAAUUCAGUAUCACGUCGUCGCUCUGCAAGGGUCACACCCAUGUUAUACGUGUUCAAGGUCAAAAAUUCGGUGAAACAUCGCAACCGUUGCCAGCAUUCGGGAAUUAUAAAACUGCUUUACCCAGCGCCGUCGUCGAGCGAGGUACAGCAGUUCACAUUUUCAGCCAAGGUGAUAGAACAGGAGAGACGAUGCAGCGAAUUAGACAACGGUGUCUACAUUAUAACAUCGGAACAAAAACUGAUCGCCGAAAGGAAUACGCACUUGGUGAAACUAAGAAAAAUGAAAACCUAUUCGAUCAAAAAAGUAUCACAAGGUCUUGAAAGAUACUACAAUAGACAAAUUCGACUUGCCCGUUCUGAAAUAAACACUUUAUAACCCUGCCGCGUAUGCUUGCUUAUAUUUAUUCAGCUGCUUCAAUUUUUUACCACUCGCCACAGACUGUGCUGUAUUCAUAUUCAAUCGUAUUGUACCAUUAAAGGUUUUGCUUCGUUUUUUUUGCUAAUGUGUUUUGUACCUGACUAUAAUUUGUAAUAGUAUAUUUUUGCUAACACUGUCUAUUCGUGCUCACUACCAUGCACUGUUUUGUACGGGCUUUUUUAUACCUCUUUUCCAAAUAAAACGAUGCCAUUUCAUAA